UGUUACCACGUAAUUGCGUCAUCUCGUGGUCACUGAUUUGUCGACUAUUUGAUAUUAAUAAUAAUUAAUAUCAUUUUGUCUUGUUUUAGUUGUUUUAAAACAGCCUUAUAAAACCUUAAAUAUUUCUACAGCAUUUUACUUUACAUAUUUUACUAACGGUUUUGGUAAAGCUGCCAUGCAAUCACGUCGGAAAUAUAGCUAGAAUAUAUUUUAAUUGUAACAUUAUAAUUUUACGUUUUGGUUCACUUUAAAUGCUCCUACUGUCAGUUCAUUGAUUCAGUCAGAUUCGUGGACCAAUCAUUCGGACUGAUUCAACCAAAAGAUCCGACUCAACAGAACGAUUCAUUCACGAAUCGGACAUCGCUAAAUAAGAACCUUUUAAACGAAACACACAGCGCGCCAGGAGUUCGACAAAUCUUUCGACACGUUAUUGUUUCGUUAAAACGGUUGUGACGGCUUUAUUUCAUACUAGUGUGGAGUAUUUUUAUUGUAUAGGUAAUUCUGGAAUGGCUUACGGAGGAAACGCAUGCUAACUAGCGAAGUGACACAGGAAGUAGUUGAUCUAAAAUGGGAGACGAUCGACCUUUUGUCUGCACUGCCCCAGGCUGUGGACAGAGGUUCACCAAUGAGGACCAUUUGGCAGUGCACAAACAUAAGCAUGAGAUGACGCUGAAGUUCGGACAAGCUAGAACAGACACAGUUAUCAUAGCAGAUCAGACACCCACUCCCACCCGAUUUCUUAAGAAUUGUGAGGAGGUGGGUUUGUUUAGUGAGCUGGCUGGCUCCUUUGAGCAAGAUCUCCGCAAAACACAAGAGGAGGAGGAGAGGAGAAUUAAGGGCACGCUUCCAGCUCUACAGACACCUACAGAGGUUAAAGAGAGGGAGGGGCCUCUUGAGAUUGACUCCUCCCCUCCGGACAGCCCAGACUCUGCCUCCAGCAUGACAAACAGCAAAGACGCCAUUGCAAUGGCAAAAGAGCCUAUUGCUAUGAGGAUAGCCAAGGAUGUUCCUCCACGAACUGCAGCAAGUUCCACCCCUACACCAACCAUAGUGCGCCCAGGUUCACUCCCACUUCACCAAGGAUUCGACAUCAUGAACCCAACUCAGCCCUCUCCCACCUCUGUUAUCACCAGGACCCCUCCGUCAAACAGACUCAGUUCGCCGUCUGGUUCUUUUCCCAUGCUGAUGCAGCUUCCAAAUGGUCAGACUGUUCCUCUGCUGCCCAGUCCAGGGCAGACUUCAGUCAUAUCGCUUGCCAGAUCAUCAAACCCAGUGCCCAAUAUCCCAGGGAUUCCAGGACCUCCUAUUGGUGGGAGCAGCAGUGGCUCCUCCUCUCCGUCUGGAUACAGUACACACUCUGAUGCCAAGACAAGGCUAAAAGCAGCACUAGCUCAGCAGAGUCCUAGUGGACCAGCACCAAUACAAAAAACAGAUCAGACUGAGACACCAUCACCUGCUCAGCCACAGGUGUCCCCUGCUCCACCAAAAGGAGGCCGCAGACGACGAGGAGCAGAUAUUGAGCCGGAUGAGCGCAGGCGCCGUUUUCUUGAACGGAACAGAGCUGCUGCUUCCCGUUGCCGGCAAAAACGGAAAGUGUGGGUCAAUGCCCUGGAGAAGCGCGCUGAGGAGUUAGCUACUGCUAACGUCACGCUCACUAGUGAAGUUUCCCUGUUGAGGACUGAGGUGACACAUCUGAAGGAGCUGCUGUUGGCCCAUAAGGACUGCCCUGUUACUGCCAUGCAGAAAAAAGCAUAUCUCGCAGCAGGAGUGGAUGAGAGUUCAGCGGCAGCUUUGGUGAUGCCCGUGUCGGUACCGGCUCCGGUGUCGGUUAACGGUCUGAGUGUCCGUGCGGCAGAGGCUGUUGCUGUUUUAGCGGGAAUGGGCUCAGGCCAGUGGAGUAACACAGCUGGAGAUGCUUCCUCUCAAUCACAGCCCACAUCCAGAUGAUGAGGAUGUCGUUCAGCCAAUGGGAACUAAAUAUACUUUCAAAGGAGCGAAUCCCCCCUUUCCCCUCAAAACUGUCAGUCCUGGUGUGUUUGUAAAUGCUCUCACGUGACAAAUGGAAAGCAAUGUUACCACACUCUGACCACACCCUGCUUACCCGUAGCCUAUCACAGACUCUCCCCGGGCUAAGUAGUGACAUCAUAGGACGCCCCUGUCAGACUGCACAGACUAGGAAGCAUUGCAGUGGAAAUGAAGUCUCUUCUGUCAUCUCUAUAAAAUACACCUUUACAUAUACUUGUAUAGAUCUUCUCACUAGAGCAUUGAGUUGAUAUUUGUCUCGUUUGCAGAUAUUUUUAAUUAUUUUGCAUUUUAUUCAAUGGUUUUUCUAAUAUAACGAUCCGUUGCAUGAUUCUGGCCACAUUAGAAAGAUGAUUACUACACUAUGCAGAUAAGUUUAACACCUUUCUCAGUCUCUCUUGGUGAAGCUAUCUCACACAUACUCGCUUUUUCCAUUUCUCGCUCUUCCUCUGUGUCUUAAUUUUAUUGUCGUAUCUAAAGUAAUUUCUCUCAGGUCCUGGUGAAGAUCGUGUCUCUCACAUUAACGUAACCUGCGCCGCAGAAUGGACUUGGAAAAGCUUAAGAAUGGAGAGAAAAUAUAUUUUUAUAUUUGAAUAUCGUUAUUGGUUUGUCUGCAUUUUGCAGUAUAUAUAUAUAUAUAUAUAUGGAUAUAACGGGUAGUGUAACCACGUGGACAUGUUUUAGAUCAGUAUGAUUAUGAUAUGCUCUGCUGAAUUAUAGGUAUCUUUAACCAAAAUACAUAAAUCUUUUUGCAUUAGAGGUUAGACCCCAAAAUUGAAGUGCAUCUGGUUUCAUAACAGGGAACACUUGCACAAAAACUCACGCGUAAAGACAUGUGCUUGCGUUUUGUGAAUGUACAGUAGUUAACUAACCCGGCUAUGAAUGUGAAGUCUCGUUUCAAAAUGGUUAAAAUGCUUUUGUAUAAGUGAUAGGAUGGUGUUAUAGAAAUAAAACAUUAUUAUUUCUUUG